AUGGGCGGGGACGCCGCCGAUGCGGUCCCCGCGGGUAUCAAAGCGCUACGUGCGUUCGCGAAGGCCCCCUCGCACCUGGUGAGCGCCCCCGUGUCUCGGCAUGACCCUCGCGCGCGGCGCCCUCCCCUGACGAUUGCGCGAUCGUUUCCCUCGGAUCCUCCACCCACCAUCCGCGAGUUGUUACUGCCAAUCUCAUCUCCACCCACCUCCCUCUUGUCCCACCGUUCGCAGACGGCGUCAAGCGCCCUGAGGGAAGGACUGUGCGAACUCGCGUAUCCAGAGGGCGCGUCCGGCGCCGGUGCGCUGGACGAGGUGCUCGAAGCGAGUGCCGAGACGCUGGCGAGGCUCGGAGGACCAAAGAUGACGCGCGCGAGCGCCCGAGACGUGCGGGAGCUCGUCGUGCUUCACACCGCCUGCAAGGUUCUCGCGCUGCGCGAUGAACCGCGCGCCGAGCUCACCGCGUGGACCCCGCGCGGACUCGACGCGAGCUCAGCCAAACGCGGGCUGCUCGACACCACGUGGCUCGCCUUACUCGCCCGGCGGUGCGAGUGUUCGCACGUCGACGAUUCGACGAGGCACCAGGCCAUCGACGAGAUGAUCGCCGUCGUCGACGGGAGACGGGACUGGGACGCCGCGAAACGCCUGGCGCGGCUGUGCGUCGGGAGCGUCGCGGAGGGGGGUGCCGACGGGGGUGCCGACGGGGGUGCCGACGACCCGCCGCUCGACCCCCGCGCAGCCGUCUUCGUCGCCGCGGCGCUCGCCGAGAUCGUCGCCGAGGAGCGAAGAGGCGAGAUGAUCGUUCCGGGGUCCGCGCGAGCCGCGACGCUGACGACGUUGGUCUCCCUCGCGGACGUCGCGUUGGGCAUGAUGACGACGACGCCGAUGGAUGACGACGAGGCGACCUACCCUCGCAGGCUCAUCGCUCGCGCGCUCAUACCGUGCGCCGUCAAGGCUGCCGCGGCGGCUCCGGGCGUCGGGCGAGCCGACGCGCUCGUCGAGAGGAUCCGGGCCUCGAUCCUUCGCGCGCUGGCGCCGACCAGUCACCGACCAGUCACCGACCAGUCACCGUCUGAGCGUUCAUCCGAGCCAUCGGACGACGAUCUUCACCGCCGGCGAUCGUUUGGGUUUUACCUGCUCGCGUCGCACGCGGAGCUCGUGUUGGGCCCCGCGGGUGCGGCGCGCGGGGCGGUCGCCGGGGACGAUAUCGGUCUGGUCGACGCGCUCGCCCGCGGCAUGCGCUCGGACGACGGAAGGGAGAGGAAAGCGGCGCUCACGGCGCUGACGCACGCGCUGGGAGCUGAGACGGCGGGGAGAACGCCGUGGCUGGAGCUGGUCGCCACGACGCACGCGUUCGACGACUUCGCCGCGCACCUCAACGACGCGGCGAGGGCGCACGUCGACGCGCUUCACCCGGCUUCACCCGGCUCGGAUGUUUCUGGAACGUCCACGUCAUCGACACCGGAAGAUGUUCGGAAGGAAGGAGACCCGAACGAGACCCUCCUCCUUCCGUACGAGUACGUGUUGAGCGCGUGGACUCGCGGUCUGCGACACCCCAACCCGAGCGUUCGCGCGGGUACCCUGCGAACGUUCUGCGACCGCGACUGGGCUCGAACCCAAAAGCACGGUUCGAAUCCUUACGUCGGGGCACUCACGGAGUCGUUCGUCGCGGAGGCGCUGGUCCCGUCGGCGAUGGAGUUUCCCGGACUUUGUGACGAGGUGGCGAAGGUCUGCGAGCUGUGGACGAGGGAAGCUGGCGACGGGGGUGCCGACGGGGGUGCCGACGGGGGUGCCGACGGGGGUGCCGACAGGGGUGCCGGCGAAUCCGUCGCGUUUCGUAGGGUGAAGUGCGUCGCGGCGGCUGCGGCGAAAAACGCGCCCGCGUCAAACGUGGCGGGUCUGAGCGCCGGGUGCGCAAUCUUGGCCUCCGCCGGCGCGGCCCUCGCGGUUACUAACGCCGGUUCGUCUUCCACGUACGUAACGGCCGACGUAACGGCCGGCGACGCGUUCCUCGCGCACGUCGCGGACGUCGUCGAAGCCGCCGCUUGCAAGCGGGGGGAUCCGGAGGCGCAGACGGCGCAAAUAAACGACGCCGUCGCCGCCGCUCGAGCCGUUACUCGAGCCGUUACGUGCACCCCGGGCGCCGUUCGCGCCGUGACUUCGCGCGUGCCGGUGUAUCUCCUCGACGGUUCGUCUCCCGACGCGGACGGCGUCGGGGUCCGCCCCGGCUUUGAAGCGUUAUUCGCCGAUUACGAAUUCGCGGAUUCGGUGGGACGGUUCACGCGAAGUUUCCUCGCGACGGGAUCGGAAUCCCACGCGACGUCGUCGCACCCGGUCAAAUCGGUCGACGACGAGGCGCUCGAGCUGGCGCUCAUGUUCACGCUCGCCGGUUCGUCUUCCAACGACGUAACGGCCACCGUAACGGCUCACCUCGCGUCCAUCGUCGAACGGACGUCGCACCCGGAUGCAUCGGCGUCGAGACGAGCGAAGAGUUUACUCGCGGCGACGUAUCGAGUGGCGUCUUCGAUACCGAGCUGCGACUGGCUUCAACGCGCGCUGCGAAGGGCGCUGGUGGACGCCGUGAUCCCGAACGCGAUGGUGACGCUGGUAUCUUCGUGCGCGGGUUCGAUUCCGGACGCGGCCGCGUCGGCGUGCCUGGAAGCCGUCGCGCGCUGGCGCGGCGCCGAGGGCGCAACUCGGGGCCCGAGAAUCUCGCCCCCCGCGUGGAAUCUCGUGGCGACCGACCUGUCCAACCUGUGCGUCAACCUCAGCCAGGAACCGACAGGAUGGGUGGGUGAUCCACACGAUGUUACCCGCGUCAUCACGGCGAGGCUGAGUUCGUUAGCCGGGGUCGCGCGGGGCCUCGCCGCCGUCGCGGCGGAUGCGAAAUCAUCCGACGAAAUCGCCGCCGCGGUUUCCGGUUCCAUCGUGAACCUCGAGAAGGUUCUCCAGAAGGUUCUUACCGUAACGCCAAAAGUAACGGAUCCUAAAGUAACGGAUCCUCCCGCGGAUUCGACGAUGGACGCUCGAGCCGCGGGAUGGACCGCCGCGGCGGCGCUCCUAUCCGUCCAUUUCUUCGGGGCCCGCGAGUCUCUCCGCCUCUCCGCGUCGGCGAGCGCGGCGACUGUUCGGCUCCUCGACGACGCGCUCGAGGGGUUACCGGCGGUUUCAUCCGCCGGAGAUGAACCGUCGCGGCUCCUCGCGGCACUCCGCGCGAUCGCCGCCCUUCUCGAGCGCGUGGUACCUUUGUUUCCCGGCGAACCCGAGUUGAGUCUGGGGGUUAAAAUCGCUUCAUCGGUGGAACGAGCCGUGCGAAGCUCGCGGUUGAGGAAAAACGCGCCAAUCUGGGCCGCCGCUGUAGCGUGCGUCCUGCACCCGCGUCUGUUCGGUGCCAGCUCGCGGCUCCACGCGGCGUCGGAUGGAUCCGCCGGUUCAUCUUCGUCUUCCGGCGCCGGUUCAUCUUCAUCCGGGGCGGCCUGCGUCGACGGGAUAGGGGCUUGCGCGUGGUUUGUUCGAAAAGCGAUCGCCGCCGGCUCCAAGACGGGGGGAGCGAGGAUCUUGAGAGUCGUCAGCCACGCGUUGGCGGCGCGUCUGGUGCGUUGGCCGUGCCACUCGAAGUACUACGCGAACGAAGUCUGGGCGCUGGGUCUGUGCGGCGAGGGCGGGUUCACGAGGGCGGAGACGCUGGCGAUGGCGGAGCACUGGCGCGCACGCGAGGCGGUUAAGGCGAAUAAGGAAAAGGAAAAGGAUGGCGAUACUGGCGCGAUGAAUACUGGUAUAUACGGGGUCGAUCGAUCGCGGGCGGGCGGCGACGCGGGGGCGCUGGCCGAUUGGUUGGAGGAUGGGGGUCGCGGGGGUGCGGCGGGAGGUCACGUCGCGGCGCGCGUCGCGGCGCUCUCCCUGGCGCACGCCCUCGCCCUCGGCGAGCCUCCCUCCGCGGCGGCGGGCGAAGGCGUCUCUGGACGAAAGGAAUUUCUUUCCGGGACAGAGUACGGGGUCGGCGCCCUCGAGGGCGCGGCGGCUUUGCUUCGCGUCGGCCUCGACGCCGUCUCCGGCGGCGAUUCAGAUCUCGCGCGGGGGACGUACCGCCGCGGAUCGAGCACGCACAGGCGCAAGGUCAGGGCUUGGCAGAUGCUCUGCGCGCUCGCGCCGGCGCUCGACCGCCUUCGAAGGGUCUCGAGCGCGGGAAAGGUCCGGAGGCUGUUGGAAAAAUCGCACAUUUUCCAGUCGCUCUCCAAGAACCCCGGUUUCGUCCAGAAGCUCGGACUCGGCCAAGAGCUCCUGCCCGCCAACCCGACGUUGAACGAGUCGAACGAGUCGAACGAGUCGAACGCCGCCGACCGACUCGCCGGGUCGAUCGAGACGGCGCUGAAAAAAGCCGCCCCCGCCGCCGUGGCCACGCACAACCUCCCCGGCGUGCGCUACUACGCCGAGGUGUUCUUCACCCUCGCCGCGAGGUCGUACCCGUGCGUCGUGACGGACGUGGCGAUACCCGCGCUACGAUCGCCGGACGUUAAACCGUUACAAGCGGCGUCGUGGAUCCUCGUCGCGGCGGGUCGCGUCGUCCGAGAUAAAAAAUUGACGGAUCAUCGCGACGCGACGAACGGUCUAACGCUCGCGAGGCAGACACUCGCGGCGGUGGCGCCGUGGUCGCUGGCGCACAAUCACUCGCUGCGAGUCUUUGCUCAACUCGCGACGCACGCGAUGCUCGACGCGUUUGGUGUCGACGCGUUUGAAGCGAAUCCUUUGACGGGAACGACCGGCGGGAAUCCAUCUCUGUCCCCGUCCCCGUCCCCGUCCCCGUCCCCGUCCCCGGGUGCCGACUCAUCGUCCCAAUCCCCGUCCCCGGCUCAGUCCGUUUUGGGCUCCAUCGCGUCGCUCCUCUCGACAAACUCGGAGAUGGUCAAGGUUCGCGUCGCGUGCGGCCCCGUGUUCGAUGCCCACCUCCCGUGCGCCCCGAAGGAUUUGCUCGCCGGGGCGCUCGACUGCGAGAGGACAGGACCGGACGAUCCGGGGUUCGAGGGCGCGCCGACGUCGGCGCUCGCCUCCGUCGAAGAGUUUUUGCGAUCGUCGCGCGAGGGGCUUCGGCGAACACGAACCGCGGAAGACGCGUGGCUCUGGAGCGACGCCAUGCGGGCGGGGUGCGACCUAACGCUCGCGUGGGGGGGUUCGGGUGGAGGGUGCGACGGCGGGAGAGUCACCGGAGCCGUAUCGCUCGACGACGACGACGCCGGCGACGGAACGGUUUCUCAUCGCGUCGACGAUUUCUCGCUCGUUUCUUUCGCGCCGGAUGAUGAAAAGGCUGCCGGUUCGAACGCCGGGGGAACGAGCGCGUUGUCGCUGCAGAAGAAGGUGGAGGGCGCCGGCGGCGCGCACGGGGGGUCGUCGAUGGGGUCGAUGGGGGAAUCGAUGGGGUUGAUUGGGGGGUCAACGGAUCCGAUGGCGCUCGCGCUCGCGGCGAUGGCGAAUCGCGUGGACCGAACCGGCGAUCCCGACGCGUCCCUCGUGGCUGAAACGGCCGCUGACGUCAACGAAACGCUCGAUACACGCCUGCCCGAACGCCCCCCCGGCCUCGUCGUCGUCGCGUCGCUCGUGGAUAAGAUCCCCAACCUCGCAGGACUGGCGAGGACGUGCGAGGUGCUCGGCGCCGAGGCGCUGGUCAUCGCGGACGCGGCGCGGACCGUCUCGCACAGGGACUUCACCGCCGUCAGCGUCACCGCCGAGCGUUGGCUUCCGAUCAGGGACGUGCCCGUCAAUGGCUUGGUGUCGUACCUGCUGAGGUUGCGGCGGGAUGGGUACGCGCUGGUGGGGUUGGAACAGACGAGGGGCGCGGUGGACGUCAACGAGUAUCGGUUCCCGAGAAAGACGGCUCUGGUGCUGGGGCGGGAGCGGGAGGGCAUCGACGCCGACGUCCUUAACGUGCUCGACGCGUGCGUGGUGAUACCGCAGAAGGGGAUGAUCCGGUCGUUGAACGUGCACGUGUCCGCGUCGGUGGCGAUGGCGGCGUACGCCAGAGCGCACUGA